AUGAUAUUAAGAAGUUUAAAAGAAAAUAAUAAAAUUCUUAACAAAAGAUUAAAAUUUUCCUAUAAUUUAAUAAAAUUUAAUAGAAAUGUCUUAUAUUUUUGUUCAAAUUCAUCUAAAUUUAUUAAAGAAGAGACAAAAAAAGUCUAUUUUCCAGUUAGAAGAUUAACAAAAGAUGAAAAUGAGAUUAUUUCUAAAUGGGUAGUUUUAAUAUUAGAUUUAGGUGAACUAGGCGCUAAUUAUAUUUAUGAAGGUCAAUAUUUUGUUUUAUCAAAGACUAGACCAGAUGUUGCACCAAUUAUUAUGGAUAUGUGGAAUCAAGAGAAAAAACAUCUUGAAACAUUUAAUGAGCUUCUUAUUAAACAUAAAGUAAGAGCUACGGAACUAAAAUAUCUUUGUAAAACAUUGGGAUUUGCAUUGGGAGUAGGAAGUGCGCUUUUAGGAACAAAAUCAGCUAUGGCAUGUACGGAAGCAGUUGAAACGGUGAUUGGUGAACAUUAUAAUGAUCAGUUGAGAGAAACUAUGUGUCUAAAGGGAUAUAGUUCAGAAAUUGAUGAUUUACGUGAAAAAAUUAAAAAAUUUCGUGAUGAAGAAUUAGAACAUCUUGAUAUUGCGGUUAAUUCAUGGGAUUCUAAAGGAUCUUUUGCUUAUGGUUUAAUAACAAAUAUUGUUAAGGCAGGUUGUAUUGCAGCCAUUUGGGUUUGUAAACGAAUAUAA